GCAAUCUCAACACGUACUAGUCUCUAAUUUGUUUACCAAACAGAUAGAUAUAUAGAAAGAGAGAGAGAGAGAGAGAGACAUGAAGAGCACUCUCAAGAGAGAAUAUAAGGAAUCAUGCAGUUACAGUUGUAGGUGAGAGGUUACACAGCUUCAAGGUCUAAUCAAUGGAGAAUUCUAACUCAUAUUCUCCUUAUUCCUCAUCCUCCGUAGACAGUACUAAGCCUUCACCUUCUGAAUCUUCUGUUAAUCUCUCCCUCAGCCUCACCUUUCCUUCUACUUCUUCACAAAGAGAGACAAGCCAAGAUUGGCCCCCUAUAAAACCUCGUUUAAGAGACACACUAAAGAGUCUUCGUCUUCGUCUUCGUCAACGCGGCUACAACACAGCUCUCUUUGUUAAGGUUUAUAUGGAAGGUGUCCCCAUUGGGAGAAAGCUUGAUCUUUCCACAUUCUCAGGUUACAAGAGUCUAUUAGAAAAUCUGUCUCACAUGUUCGAUACAUCAGUUAUCUGUGGUACUCGAGAUAGAAAACACCAUGUUUUGACAUAUCAAGACAAAGAUGGAGACUGGAUGAUGGUCGGUGAUAUUCCAUGGGAUAUGUUUCUUGAAACCGUGAGAAGACUGAAGAUCACAAGACCGGAGAGGUGUUAAAACUCUGUUUCCACAGUUUUGAGAGAUUUAGGCAUUGAGGAAGAGUCUUUACAUGUGGGACAGAGCUAGCUCUUGAUGCAUAUCAGCAACGGCGACCUUAAAGAACUAGGAGGAUUGAUGCAUAUAUAUUUAUUUAACACCUAUGAUGCGUGUGUGUGUUUUUCUAUAAAUAUAAAAAAAUAAAACACAAUAUCCAAGAGUUUUUUUUACAUGUUUGCAAUAGUGUUCCUCCGGA